AUUGUAGACUUUCCGUGAGCUACAGCAGUAAGCAGUUACUCAAGGCUCCAGAGUCACUGGUCGAGUUCAUCCCACAAGAGCUGGACAGCUUUAAAACUUAAUUCAUAUCAGUAUCAUAUACUAGGUGAAUCCUAAUAAUGUGCUGCCGACUUUCAAACAGCCAUCAUUGCUUGACUUUUCUAUCAGUCCUUGGCCUGCUCCAAGUCAUUGUAUCGCUGCCAAUAAUAAUCCUCUCAUUCCUGAUAUUCUUUCAGACAACACUUGGCUACCUACUCUCUCCCUUUUGGUGUGGAUUCAUUAUCCUUCUGGCUGGAUUUGUUGCAUUAUUUAUUCGUCCAACAAGACUAGCAUCUGUGAUAUGCCUUCAUGUCAUCCUCAAUGCCACCACAAUUAUAGUCUGCAUUGUAGCUGGAAUAAUUUCAGGUCUUUAUGGCACUGCAGUUCAUCUACCAAACUUUAACUCCCUGAUUGAUUCUACAGUGACCGGUAGUGGCAGUAAUGCUAAUUCAACUAAUACUAUUCGUUGCAUAUUCUCUGAAGACUCAGAGCUCUACAGUGAUAAUUUUCGCAUUGUUAUGAACUCACUGGACACUAUUAUUCCAAGCUGUGAUGACCUCAGCGACUACUGGACAUACCUCAUUGCUAUCAUGUCUUUGUGCUUCAUUGGAACUCUGGUCUCUCUGGUUGCCUUAAUUGUUAACUGCAUUACACCAUGUGUGGAGGAUAGCUACACUAAAACGUACAGACCAGAUUCACCCAAAGACUAUUAAAGAUCAGUGCAUGCUGAACAAUACAUUUCAUGUUCAUUUUGUCUUUAGUUCAUUUUUUGCAAUGUCAAUCAGUUGUAACAUAGACUAUUACUAUCUAUCACAGAGUAUAUUUUUCAUUUUUUGUGCUUUUUGUUUGAUAUAAUAAUAAAGUAUUAUAUUAAAA